AUGCCCGUAGCCGUGGACGGGGCGCGUCCCAGCUCACCACCCAGGCUCAAGGACAAGGAAGCUAGACAGCCUCGGGAUGUGCCCCUCCCAGAAACCCCAAAACCAUUAGGAAAGCGUAAACGAAAGGGCAAGGAAAUAGCGGAAGCGAGCCUUGCUUCUACUGCACCGCAGAUCAUAGAUGAUGCUCCGUGGUCCUGGAAAUCUUUGACAGAGGCGUCGGCGAGCAGGGUACCACCGGUCUUUACAAAGGAUGGGCGGUAUUUUUUCUAUGUCGCAGGGUCUACUGUGAAGAUAUACUCUUCCUCCACGGGCCAAAUCGUAUCCACGCUCGAUCAACCCAGUGCGAACGACUCCGGCAGCAAUCAACACACUCCUGAGGCGCAUGCCAUCACCUCGGCGAUCCUGAACCCGCACAAUCCGUUCCAGUUGAUCACUGGCUCUUCGGACGGCCAUAUUCGUCUGUGGAAUUACCUAGAUGCCGUCCUCUUGCAGACGAUUAAUGUCAACAAGUCAAUCAUGCACGUCGCCGCACAUGAGAAGAAGAGUAGUAAAGCGAAGCGCGAAACCUCCGAGGACAACGGCUCUGUGAUUCGCGUGUCGUUGCGGCCCUCUGCUGCCACAGUUGAUUUGCCGAUCCAGCUACCUGCGGAGACCGCCUUCGUAGGGAAGACGCGAGCAACAACAGGCUUGGCUGUGUCACCAAGUGGUGCAUGGGUCGUCGCAACUGGUGGACACAAAGCCUAUGUCUGUCCGACAUCUCAUCUGUCCGCCGGCUUCACGAAAUUUGUCUCCCCAGAGCAGCUCACUUGCCUUGCGUUCCACCCGUCGGAGGACUAUUUCGCGACGGGGGACGUCACGGGCUGCAUACGCUUAUGGUACUGUCUGGACGCUGGUCUCACGAAGUCGUUCGGCGUGCAGAGGACAGCUCAGACGACAACUAUGCAUUGGCAUGCUCACGCUGUGUCGUCCGUCACAUUCACCACCAACGGAGCUUACCUGUUGAGCGGCGGCGAGGAAGCGGUGCUCGUGAUCUGGCAGCUGCACUCAGGCAGGAAGGAGUUUGUUCCGAGAGUUGGCGCACCCAUCUCGCACGUUGCAUUAUCGAGGACAUCCGAAGGCGAAGAGGAGUACCUUCUUGCCUUGUCCGACGCUUCGUUCGUGUUUAUUUCGAGAUCAAUCGCUCGCAUCAGAAUAGACCCUGCAACAUCUCAUAACCGCGCUUCCACUUCCGCACCUUUGGCUUUUCACUCAUCGACAUCUACUCUCAUACUGCCAUCAUCGCAUCCGUCAACGCUCCAAAUUUACCAUCCAGCAUCCUCCCGACUUAUGUCGGAACUCGAAGUCUCGCCAUCGAACAGGGUGGCGCGCAGAGACGAAAAGCCAUUACAGCCCUCUCGCGUGGAGCACGCUGUAGUAUCGGAUUCUGGGGAGUGGAUGGCGACCAUAGAUCGUCAGGUCCACUUAAAGAUAUGGUGGUGGGAUCACAAGUCCGAGUUCUGGAUAUUGAACACUCGUAUAGAGCGUCCGCAUGGCUUAUCUAGAGCCAAUGGUAAUGAUGAGAUGUUCCUCAUCACCGUCGGUGCGGAUGGUAACAUCAAGUCUUGGGGCAUCCGCACAGUCAAGCAAAAGUCGGGGAACAUGGAAGUGUUCUGGGUUGCUCGAUCUACUACGCGCUACCGCUCCGAGGUCCCAAGUCACGUAUCGUGGUCAGCGGAUGGGUCGUUAUUCGCCGUCUCCCUAGGGCCACAAGUUGCUCUCUUCGACGGCAAUACCAACGCCCUUCAUCAAGUCCUGACCUCCUCGGAUUGCGGGCGUGCGCUAUCGGCCCAUUUCGUGGGUACAAGCGGCCGGUUUGUCGCCGUAGUGGGACGUAAUGACGUGAUGCUCUGGGAUUUGCUUACGCGUUCAAUGCGCUGGCGAUACACGAGCACGUACUUUAUUGAUCGAUUGGUGGUCCACCCUACAGAAGAGUCCUUCACCGUUCUCGAGCGCUCCAGUACGUCCGCGCACACGACAUCGGCUGCUAGAGCCGUUCUCCUCCGUCCUACUUCCCCCGUCCCGACUGCAAAACGAUGGUUACCCUUCAGCACUCGUGCUGCACUGUCACAUCCAUCCCUAGAUGCCUUCACGUCUGAAGCGUCGUCGUUUGUCCUUGUGGGCAUCACGCACAAGUGGGGUGUCGCGGUCUUUGGGGAUGAUGUACGACUUCCAGAGGAGAAGGGCUCGUCACCUCGGGGUAUCGGCAACGAAAGUACGGCUGGACCAUCAAAGCGCACGCUCUUCCACGACAUAUUCGGAGCGUCUGCUCUGGUCGAACCUAUCUCGGCCGCAGGGCAGCCACCGGAAGUCGACAUCGCUCGCUCGUGGAGGGGUAAGGAAGUCGCGGAGAUCUUCGAUGCUCCGACCCACCUCAUGCCUCCCGUCACAUCGCUUUUUGACACAUUGAUGGACUCCUUCCUCACCGUCAAGGUCCCGGGUAAAACUGCACAGCCCGAGGAAGAGGAGGAGGAAGGAUCAACCGAGGAUGUCGAAAUGCAAGACGACACACAGCCUCUCGUCACCGAGGCUCGCAUCGAACGUGUAGUCAACCGACACGAGAUGGACGCCUUCAUCGACUUAUUCAAACACUGCGCGAUGAAGGGUCCCACCAUAUCACACCAGGAUCCAUCAAGGAACAAUCUGCGACACGCAAAUGGCGGCCAUAAGGCACUAUCCAACGGCGUCGCUCCCUCUACACCAUCAUCGACCAAAACCAACGGUGCAAAGCAAAGCCUCCUUACGCCCGAUGUAUCAUCAACGCCAUCAAAAACCUCGCCAGCCGUCAAGGCCGGGCAGAAACGCAAAAAAUCAUUAGGAUAA